AUGUGGGCGGGAAAUCUUGGGGCGCACCAGGGCGGCAGAGCUUCCCUUGACUAUCGACUUAGAGAGGCACCUCACUUGCAGGAACAGGUGCUCUACCUCCUGCAAGACGCCUAUGAAUCGCUACAAGGCGGCCUCGCCACGAUUCAUGAGCUGGCAUCAGCACCGUCUCUCCAGGUCCGGUCCCAGGAGCACAUUGAGGAGGGCCAAGCUGAAGCCGCCGAAAGCGACCUGGACGGUGGGAGCGAGAGUAGCUUUACCGACUCCGACGCAGAUGAGCCCUCACCGGAGAGGCGACUUUCGACCCUCCACGCGGAUAUCCGGGAAGUUACCGACUGCCUGCUACGUCUUUCGGUUGCCAUCGCGAAUCCUGCCCCGCAUGAGAGAUUCCGCAAGUUUGGUGCCGGCCCGCUCGAGGAUAUCUCGUAUCGAGAGCCUCACGACAUUUCAUAUGUCCAGGACAAGUUUCCCAAAGUGAGCUCGGAGAUGGCCACAAUGCUUGGGAAAGCCAUCACCCGGCGUCGCCAGUUCUUCCGCUACCGCCAAGCCCAUCAUGAUAAACUCGCAUCCGGUCUGGGGGAGUCCAGUGUGCUGGGACCGACUACGGAAGAGGAAGACGAUGCUCAUACCGAGCUCUUCCCAAAGACACAGGCCUCAACCCUGCCAGAGCACAUCAAGGACAUGUCAGACCUCGACCUUAGAAAUGGUGUGAUUAAUGAGGACAACGGAUCCGACACGGCGGCCUCUGUAACUUCGUAUGCCACCUCUGCCGGUUUCAUAGCCGACGCAGGCAACGGAGCGAACGUGGUCCCGCCCCCUCCGUUGCGCGUGCCGCCUUUGCCUCAGGGUGCAGAGGCUGGAAAUUUCGAAUACGCCAUGUCUUCAGCGACCUCCGCCCCUACACAUGCCUCUUUGAGGAUUGUCUUGACUCCAAUGCAGAUUUCGACAGACGCGGCCGUUGGCGGGCUCACAUCUCACAGCAUCAUUGGAAAACAUGGUCUUGCCCCUUUCAGUGCGACGACACUCGCUGCGCCUCCGCUUCAAGCACACCUCAGCCAUCGACAUAUCCCGAAUGCCUCCGCAGACCAGCUUGAAGCAGUGGUAGCGGUCAGUGAGGGACAAGCCUCGAAUGACGAAACCGUCCGAUGCCCUAUCUGCCAUCAUUCUGUGGUCGGCCUGAGGCAGUAUACCAGGCACGUGGGCCGGCACCUGGAGCAGCUGGCUCUAUUCGCUCUUCCCGCCCUGGAGGGGGACAGAGGGGAGUCAGACAAGGAAGACGAGACCGAUAGUACUACGUCUGGAGCCGACGCCGAUGGAGGACAGACUGUCGGCCAAACUCCGGCUCCCGAGGACGGAGAAUCCUCAGCCAUGUUAGCCUCCGAGAAUCAGCCUACAGGACAAGACAGGGCCGACCGUCCCGGCGCCGGUGUUGCGGCUGCAGGAAGACAACCGAUACUCCGCCUGGUUCCCCUCAAUGCGACCUUCGAACGUAGAACUAUCAUGGUACCUUUUUAUCCCAAGACGCUCCGCAUCGGCCGAAAUACAGACACAAACGUGCCCAGCACGUCCAACGGCUACUUCAACAGCAACGUCCUCUCUAGACAACACGCUGAGAUCUGGGCAGAUCUCCACGGAAGGAUCUGGAUUCGAGAUAUCGGGUCGUUGAACGGGACAUUUAUAAAUGGCGCUCGGCUAUCACGGCACAACCAGGUAUCCGAUCCUCACGAAUUGAAAGCCCUAGACCACCUGGAUCUGGGAGUCAACCUCCAAACAAAGGAUCUUAGACAUCACGAAGAAGCAGAACAAGAGGAUGAGCAAAGGAGCGUCGAGCACUGGCAGCGCCAGCUAGACUUUGAGGGGGGGAACGAGCUCCUACGCACAACGACUGAGCUAGAGUUGGCGGAUCUUGAGGCGGAGAAAGCACAACAAAGAUCCGUUUUCCGUGAUUCCUCCUAUGUCGAUCAGCUAAUGACCCAAUCGGCUGAAGCGUCAGGGAAGGAGGAGGAGCAAGUUCUCGAAAAGAGUCAAUUCCGCAAGGAGAGGCAUUUCUCCGAGAUAAAGCUAGCCAAGGAAGUGGAGGAGUUAGAGAGGAGGGAAGCCAAAAAGAUGGAGGAGCCGCCUAUCAGGUUCAAGGAUGCCGUCGGCCGCAAGUUCAACUUCCCGUUCCAUCUGUGCCAAACAUGGCAGGGUAUGGAGGAGCUCAUUAACCAAGCCUUCUUACACGUCGAUGUCAUCGGACCUCAUGUCCUUGAAGGCCACUACAACCUGAUUGGGCCCAACGACGAGGUCAUCCUCCCUACUGUCUGGGAGAAGGUAAUUACACCCGGCUGGACCAUUAACAUGGAGAUGUGGCCCAACUUGGAUAAGGUGCCCCUCCGAGGGCCAACCCAAGUGCCGCCUAUCAGGUUCAAGGAUGCCGUCGGCCGCAAGUUCACCUUUCCGUUCCAUCUGUGCCAAACAUGGCAGGAUAUGGAGGAGCUCAUCAACCAAGCCUUCUUACACGUCGAUGUCAUCGGACCUCAUGUCCUUGAAGGCCACUACAACCUGAUUGGGCCCAACGACGAGGUCAUCCUCCCUACUGUCUGGGAGAAGGUAAUUACACCCGGCUGGACCAUUAACAUGGAGAUGUGGCCCAACUUAGAUAUGUGGCCCCUCCGAGGCUACCGCGGCCAUGUAAAUAGGAUGGCCGCCAAAUCACCUAGUUCGUCGUCUCUCCAUUCCUCACUUGGCGGUGGCAAACCGCAGUGGCAAGACUGGUACAACAGGAUGGGUGACGCCGGCCCGUCAGCGCCAAACCCCCAACCCCCAACACCCCCCCCCCCCCCACACCCCCCCAAGACGUUGCUAGAUUGGCUGGGUGGAGGGAGGCCGAAGAGGAUCGAUCGAAAACCCAAGGAGAAGGCAGCCGAGGAAGUGAUCGCGACCUACAAAGCCAAGGAGGCUGAACAUAUUGGGUAG